CUACGCUUAUCGCAGCCCAUAAAACAAAUCUUGCCUCGUUAACGCUCCGCAUCGCGAUCCCGAUGCAGCCGCCAUCGCUCCACCAGCCGCCGCCGCCGGCCACGCCGCGCGGCCGAAAGGGACGAGCCAGCAGGAGGAGAGACCGGACGUGGCACGUCACGGUGUUCAACCACAUGCCGGUGCCGUGGGAGAGGGACUGGGCGGACCUUCCCCAGGACGCGAUCUCCUGCAUCCUCCGCAAGCUGGACCAGGUGGAGCUCCUGCUGGGCGGCGCCGCGGCGGUGUGCCGCUCCUGGCGCCGCAUCGCGCGGCACGAGCCCGAGCUGUGGCGCUGCAUCGACGCGCGCGACCUGCCGGCCGUUCCGCCCUUCGGCUGGCAGGCCGUCCGCACCAAUCUUGUGCGCUCCGCCCUGCGGCUCAGCGCCGGGCAGUGCGAGGUCUUCGCCGCCGAGCUCUUCGACGAUGACCUGUUCCUCUUCCUCGGCGAGCAGGCACCCUUAUUAAAGAGGCUCUAUCUCAUCAAGUGUUAUUACGUCUCAAAGAAAGUAUUUGCAAAGGUUAUGCGCAAGUUCCCUCUCCUUGAAGAGCUCGAGCUUUCGAUGUGGUUUGGUAGCACAGAAAUGCUCGAGAUCGUCGCUGAAGCCUGCCCACGCCUGAAGCACUUCAGUCUCAUAAAAAAAGAUCGUUUUUACAAACCUGCAGAUGAUGGUAAUGCUUUCGCGAUUGCGAAGAUGCACGAGCUACGUUCCUUGUAUCUCGACAGCAACAGACUCACCCACAAAGGGCUGACAGUGAUCCUUGAUGGCUGUCCCCACCUAGAGCACCUUAACGUUUUCGAAUGUAAGUAUCUCAAGAUGGAUGAUGACCUGCUGGAGAAGUGUUCUCGAGUUAACAUGGCUGGCCCUCGGUACUCUUUGCCAUAUCUGCCUUGCAGUUGCUGUUGGAGUCCCGACUAUCCAAAUCACGAGGAUUAUGAGGAUUACCGUGAGGAUUCUUAUUACUACAUCGGUGAUCACAUCGACGAUGAUGAUCUUGCAGAACACGAGAGGCUUCUUGACGUCAAGGGCAUGCGGAGGUACUUGCCCUAGUGAGAUCUGGUUGUUGUGGUUGGAGUUUCCGAAUACCGUAUUCUCACUGAUGGAAUGGUGGUUCGUUGUGUCAAUUAAUUCCCCCCGCGGGUUUUCCGAUCCACCUUUCCUCACUGAAGUUUGAUGUCCAUUUAUUCUUUUUGAAAAGGGGAAUACCCAGCCUCUGCACCAGUUUUAUUGGAAUAUAUGAUUGUUCCCAAUAAAAGAAGUGUUGACGAUGUGCUUCUUCAUUUUGCUACAACCAGUAGUGCCUCCGAAGGAUGCCAGCUUGAAAAUGGUACACGGAGGUUCAAGGUUGCUGGUUCUCAAGUUAAACUUCAUUGGUAGACAAAAAAUGGCGACAAUCAGACAUCCGUCCGUCCUUGCUCUUCCUGGUCUGAAUCAGUGUGCUUUCUUACUUCCUGUACCUCCUGGUAGAAUUAUUUUUAUGAUUGAAGGUUUGCUGUCAUGGCCUGAUCCUGGGAAUUUAACAAAGGCGGAUCAAUCUAGACGCAGUCCGUCAGUCAGAUGCUUGUGCCAAGUAAUCCUACUAGAAGCUUAAAAUAAUAAAAUAAUUUCCACGUAUACUUUUGUCACAUGAUGAUGCUGAAUGCCAUGAAUUUAUAUGCUGCAGAAAUUACUACCAAGAUCUCUAUUCUUGAUGAUUGCGGCAUUCUCUUUUCCUUCCUAUAUUUGUGCAUUUAGGAAAGAAGCAAGGCAAUAGUAUUUGAUGCGUGCAAGAUCUUGUGUAAAAUAAAAUUACCACCAGUAUCUCUAUCAGUCCCACCUUGACCCUACUCUUGAGGAACUUCAUUUUGCGACUAACCCGUUAACGAGAGUGGUUUUUAAUAGCUCGAGCUCCAUGGUACCCCCAUGAACAGUACAAUCGAAAAUAUUAGUAAAAAAGAUCCGAAAAUUCUGAAACU